GAAAAGAUACAAAGAGAUCAGAGAAGAAACAAAGAGAAAGACAAGGAAGAAGAGAUCAUACAAUUAAUUACUUAAAUAUGAGUUUUGGAGAAUUAGAAGUGUUACUGGUGGAUGCCAAAGGCCUCAAAGACACUGAUCUAAUAGGCAAGAUGGAUCCUUAUGUGGAGAUUCAAUACAGGGAUCAGCAACAGAAGAGCAAAGUUGCAUAUACAGAGGAAGGAGGAAAUCCACGGUGGAAUCAGAAAUUCAACUUCAAGGUUCACCAUCCACUCGAGAACAACUCCAUUCGACACAAGCUUGUGCUUCGAGUCAUGGACCGUGACACCUUCUCGGCCGAUGAUUUUGUCGGAGAAGCAACGAUUAAUGUUGGAGAUGUGAUUGCGAUGGGGUUGGAGAAGGGGUUUAUGGAAGUGAACCCUUGCAAGUAUCGGGUUGUGCUUUCCGAUAAGAGAUAUCACGGCGAGAUAAGAGUUGGUGUCACCUUCAAAUUAAUUAAUUUUACCAAGGUAAUUAAGUAAACAAUUAAUGCAAAUGCUAUUAAUCUUUUUUGUAUUAUUUUAAAAUGAAAUUCCUCUAAUUGUAGAACAAACUUUGUUGUUGUGUUCUUGUAGACGUGAUGGAGUGAAAAAAGGAGCUUGGAUUUAUAGAUUAUGCAAGUGCUGGAAGAAUAGAUAGAUAGUGAUCUCCUUAGUUAGCUGACCAAUUAUUUGAUUUGUUGUUGAAAUUAAAUUUGUUU